AUCCUAAUAGGUAAAUUGAAACUAAGCUUAGGUUGGCUACUGUUUUCCUUUAGUAUGUAAUUGUCACAAGUGUCUGUUUCAGCCUUAAGUAUUAAAUUACAAGAUAAUAAUUUAUUUUUAUCCCUUGUAACAUUAACAACAAUAAAAAUGAUUAGAGUUGAGAAGGUAUUGGUUGGAAGAGACUGGUUUCCAUACUAGGUAGUAGGUAAGAACCAGAAAAAAAGAAAGGAUUGUUAUAGUCUUCUGUCUCUCUGACCAGUAUUUAUAUUCUAUGGUAAUCACUAAAACAUGUAAAACAAUAUAUUCCUAUUUUUAGUCUAUAUAACAAUUUUUAAGCUGUGAUAGUUUGUUUUUAAAUAUCACUGUUCCUUUAAUGAAAAUUUAAAUAAAUUGUUAUUGUAUUGAAAUUCUUAAAUAAUCUUUAGUUAGUUCGACAUAAAGUAGUACUGAAUCGUCAAUUGAUUAUUAUUCUUAGAUUAAAUAUUUUAUAGUGUCUUUGAAAAUGGUGAACGAUCUGAAUUGCAUCAGCACAUAUUUCGAUUUAAGUUCCAGAACAGAUACAUCCCUGAGCUCUCAAGAAAGUCAGACGUCAAUAGAUUCCGAGACAGAUGGGCUGAGCUUAUCUCAGCUAACAAUACAAGAACCGGAUCCUAUAAACAUAUGCCCUUUCUUCAACAUAACCCCGAGGAUAAUGCCCCAAUCACCACAUUACAUUAUCGAAGAGGAAUUCUCUCAGAAUCCGUGGGCAAUGCUGAUUGCCACAAUAUUCCUUACAAAGACAUCCGGGAAGAUGGCUCGACCGUAUAUAAAAAACUUCUUUGAGAAUUACCCAACACCGUACCACGUAUUAAAUGAUAACCCGACAUCUAUAGGGAGAUAUUUCGAUAAAAUAGGCCUACGGAAACGUGGUGAAAUCAUUUGGAAAUUGAGUUAUCAGUUUGUCUCGUCAAAAUGGCGGCGGGCAAGCGACUUAUGCGGUAUCGGGAAGUAUGGCGAGGAUGCAUAUAGAAUGCUAUGCUUGGGACACACGGAUUUGGAACCUGAUGACAGAUACUUAAGGCUGUAUUUAGAUUGGUUGCAACGAGACACGGAGUUUAUGGAGCACAAUGGAAUGACGGACAGUGAAUUCAUGAUAGACGAUCCAGUUUUAAAGUAUUAUACAAUUAAUUUAAGAAGUAUUUAAGUUUUAAUAAGUACGUUAUAUUGUUUCAGUAAAUUCGUCGUGACUUCCUUCUCAUUCUAGUUUCCAAAUACUAUUGAGAAUUAAUUAUUGAUCAUAUUAAUUAAUAAUUUUAUUUCUCUGUGAUACGUAAACUAAACGUAGAUUUUUAAUGUAUGUAAAUUUUUAUUACGUAGUAAGU